AGUAAAGGAGGGAAGAGAGGAAUCUCAGUUCACCAUCACAACCAACGACUUUGCUUUCAUUUCACUCCCUCUCUCAAAUAAUGGAGACAAACAAAAUUCAUCAUCAUCCUCGUUGUUUGACUCUUAAUUUCUCCACCACUAAAAGUCAAACAAAUUAGCACCAUAACCAGCAGCUGAAAGAAUCUAAACAUCAAAAAAAUCAAACCUCUGAUUAUCCAUGGCUUCAUCUUCAUCAUCAGUACCAGUGAUGGAUACUAGUACUACUACUAAAUCAUUAAGACUUAUAUCUCAUCAAUCAUUCUUCUUAGCUGUUCGAUCCAGUAAUCUUGAUAUGAUCAAACAAUUACUAGAAGAAUGCAAUGAUCAGGAUAAUCCGUUGAUGGGAUUAACUAAUGAUAAUGGUGAAACAUCGAUUUAUGUUGCUGCGGAUAAUAAUCUUGAAGAUGUUUUUAAAUACUUGAUUCGGUUCUGUGAUAUUCGAAUUGUGUCUAUCAGGUCUAAGCUUGAUUUGAAUGCAUUUCAUGUGGCUGCUAAGCGUGGACAUUUAGGCAUCGUGAAGGAACUGUUGAACUUGUGGCCUGAACUGUGCAAUAUAUGUGACAAGUCAAACACAAGUCCCCUUUAUACGGCUGCUGUCCAGGACCACCUGGAUGUAGUGAAUGCCAUACUAGAUGCAGAUGAAAGUUGCAUGAGAAUAGUUAGAAAAAAUGGGAAAACAGCGUUGCACAAUACGGCUAGGUACGGUUAUUUCAGAAUAGUGAAAGCACUUCUAGACAGAGAUCCUGAAGUCGUCUCAAUCAAAGACAAGAAGGGCCAAACUGCACUCCAUAUGGCCGUAAAAGGUCAGGAUCCUUCUGUAGUUGAGGAGUUACUGAUUGCCGAUCUCUCUAUAUUGAAUGCACGCGACAAGAAGGGAAACACUGCUGUUCAUAUGGCUACUAGGAAAUGUCGACCACAGAUAGUGUGCCUUCUACUUAGUUACUUAGCUGUUGAAGUCAAUGCCAUCAAUAAUCAGAAGGAAACUGCAAUGGAUUUAGCAGAAAAACUUCAAUAUGGAGAAUCUGCAUUAGAAAUCAAGGAAGCUCUAACAGAAGCCGGUGCCAAGCAUGCAAGAAAUGUUGGCCGAGUGGAUGAAAAUCAGGAGUUAAAAAGAACUGUUAGUGAUAUAAAACAUGAGGUACACAUGCAGCUCAUACAAAACGGGAAAACCAAUAAACGAGUUUCUGGAAUCGCAAAAGAACUUCGGAAGCUACAUAGAGAAGCUGUUCAAAACACCACUAAUUCUGUAACAGUUGCUGCUGUUCUCUUUGCUUCCAUCGCAUUCAUGGCUAUUUUCAAUUUGCCAGGACAGUAUUUUCAGGUUGGGCCAGACGCCGGAGAAGCCAACAUUGCAGAUAAUCUGGGAUUCAGAUUAUUCUGUCUUUUGAAUGCUACUUCACUCUUCAUAUCUUUGGCAGUUGUGGUGGUCCAAAUCACUUUGGUUGCAUGGGAUACUAGGGCUCAAAAACAAGUUGUUUCAGUUGUUAACAAACUAAUGUGGGCAGCUUGUGUAAGUACUUGUGGUGCUUUCAUAUCAUUAUCUUUUGUUGUUGUGGGAAGGAGAGGAUCAUGGAUGGCAAUAACUAUAACUGUAGUUGGAGUUCCAAUCCUUGUUGGAACUCUCGCAGCUAUGUGUUACUGUGUUUUCCAACAGCAUUUUGGGAUGUCAGGCGAUGAUUCACAAAGACGCAUAAAACGGGCAAGUGGAAGUAAAUCAUUUUCAUGGACUCGGUACUCUGAUUUUUCAGAUCCUGAUGCUUACAACUCCGAACACGAGAAGAUUUACGCCUUGUAAGUCUUUGUUAAUAUAGUGUAGGAUUGCAGUUCCAGUUGGAGCUGUUGUAAAUAAUGUCAUGGUUAUAAACCACCCAAGAGAUGCAGUUUAGAUUUUGUAAGGUAUUCUGCAAGGGAAGAGAUUUACAUGGAAGGGUUUCUGGAGGAUAAAUGGUAAUGUCAAAUAGAUUUAUGUAUAAGGAACUAAUGAAAUGACUAUACAGGUGAAAUCAAGCAAAAUAUUUCCUCUACAGGUCGAAAA